AACUCCCAGCAGGCGAGACGCGAGAAGCUCUUCCGUUCGGGCGGCAAUGGCGACAGCUAAAGAAUCAAAACCGCCAUUAAAGAAUAUUUGGGGGGUACAAAAGCUUCUCCGACAUCGCUCUCGAUACUGUCGUAGUCUCGCACGGCACCAUCCGCUUCGCCGCCUGCACUGUCCAAUCCAGCUCGUUUUAUACGAAUGUCGCAGGAUCAAGACGAGGUCGUAUGUCGAAAAUUUGUCGGCUUCCUCGUGUCGUCCUCCGCUCCGAGCCCGCGGAUUGUCGCCCAUUGUCCUUCUCCUCCAUCCUUGUCGCUCUCUCAUUCCUUCUGUUUGUUCUCUUGUCCUUGUCUCCACCAUGCAAAGAAGCCUUCCAAUGGCCUUGGCGCGACCGGUGCCUCCAUUAUUUUCAACGCUUCUCGUGUCGGGACCCUUCGGUAGUCCUCGGAGGAUCUCUUCGUUCCUCUGUUUUUCUCGUCAUAGGCUGAAAGCCUGGUUCCUUUGGGGGUGCAUAUGGAGCGUCGCUAAUUGGCGUUGGAAUCGGCGGAGCGUGUGAGUAGAGGCGGAAUGAAGUUGAUCGCAUGCUUGGGUCGUGGAAGCAGAUCCUAGGUAUGAUCCCCAACCAUCUAAUCGAGAAUAACGUAGGAAGUCAAGAGAGAAGUGCCGCAUGUGCAUCGGGUCUGCCAAGGAGAAUGUUUUCCUUUUAGGACUGAUGAGUUGCGGUGCUGGCAGCCAAGGCCUCUAGCUCUUGUUUAAGGGCAACGACCGUAGAUUGACGGUGCUAACAGCUGUUGUUUGGUGAUUGUGGAGGCAAUUUUGAGUUGGUGGCGGCGGUUGCAGAGGUAAUGAACCACGGUGGAGCAAAUUUCUGUUUUUAACACGAAUGGCAUCAUCCUUAGAGGAGCUUCUAGCAGAGGAAGGCUUUAGAGGAAGAAGAUCAAUGACAAGGUCAAGAACUGUCAGUUCAGAUACGGCUACUGUGCCUAUUUACCCUUUACGUGGUCAACACAGGUUGGAUUCUUCAUAUGGAAAUAGAAACAAGACACAGAGGACAAGGUCUGACGCAUCAAGAUACAGUUUCAGAAGUAAACUAUCAAAAGACGAUAGUAUCAAGGUUCUGAGGUCAAGGGAUAAUCCACGAAUUAGAGAGAGAGUGGAUGGAGGAUCAAGAAAAGAAACUCCUCAGAAAAUUGAACAUUCCCUUAGUCUACUGGGGGAUAGGAUAUCUAAUGCCAGUUCUUCAGAUAUUGCUGGAAAAGAGAUUGUUGACGAUGAUGUUGACAGUAGUGAGCGGAUAAAAGAUAUAUACCUUAACGAAGUGCGGCAGAUGAAACUGGAUAAGAAGCACGGUAGCAGUUCAAAGACGCAUCUACCUGGGUGGACUCAGCCCAAAAAUUUGAAUGAAAAAUCUAAUGGAAGCUCAUUAAAUGGUAAAAGCUUUGAGGACAGUCAGAAUCCAAGGCAUGUUCAUGGGACACUCCCUGAGUUUGUACCUGCGCUUGAUGAGGUUGCUGUCCAAGCCACAAUCUCCAUCGUAACUGGAUAUAGCAAGCGUUAUUUAAAGGACGAGGGUUUCCGUACAACCCUUCACAAGAAUUGCUUCUCAUGUCUCAAUUCCAUUGCCCUAGAACAAUAUCCUAAUAAUGAGAACAAGGUCAUUGCCAAUCUAAAGCAAGCAAUUGAUAUGGUAGAAAAAGCUGCAGAGGAGUGUGCAACUGCAAAGGAUUUGAAAAGAGCUUCAUUGCAGCUCAGCGUUGUUACUGGCUUGAAUUCUAAUGACUUGAAGGAUGGUUUCACUUGUGGGAUCCCAAAUUAUCAUUUGUCAGCUUGUGCUCACCUGUAUUUGAGUGUGAUAUAUAAGCUACAGAAGAAAGACAGAGCUUCAGCAAAGCAUCUUUUGCAAGUUUAUUCUGAUUCACCUUUCCAAGCUCGGACCACUUUGCUACCUGAACUAUGGGAAAAUCUGUUCUAUCCUCAUCUUUCACAUUUGAAGCUCUGGCAUGGUCAGGAAGCUGAUUCUCUUGAGGAUACUCCAAACAAGGAAAGGAGAUUGAAGCUUCUUGACAAAGUGUAUAAUGAAAUUCUUGAUUCAGGUACCUAUCAGUUUGCAGUUUAUUACAAGGAUUGGCUCACGGAGGGCUUUGAAGCUCCAUCUAUUCCCUCCAUCAACAUUCCUUCAUUGUCUAUUCAGGAGUUCCAGUUUAAUGGUUCACGCGGCCAUUCUGCCGAGCUAACUAAAGCGGUUGGUCCUUUUUAUGCUCAGCCAAUGGUGAGUAGGAAAUUGUAUGAAGAUGUAUUUGGCAGCUCAAGUAAACCUGGACUGGAUGAUGCUGAAGCUGGACCAGACAACUGUGCUAGUUCUAUAAGCUCUGGUGGUUCUAGUAUUGAAAUCAAACAGACAUUCACAUACUCCUCUGAGACAGUAAAACAUAUGGAUCGAUGUAGUGUGGAAAGUUACACCAAGAACCCCCAAGACGAAGCACUUGAAGAUGGGUUUCCUCAGAUAGUUGGGGAAGGAAGGGGCUCAAGAGAAGCUAGCGUUUCAUCAGCAGAAGGCAAUGAUGGCGAAGGCAACAAUUCUAGCAGAAGCCAACAAAAUGUGGAUGGUGCUCAACAAAUUCAGUGUUCCUCCACCAAUACAAUCCAAGUGAAGUUCCCCUUAGAAGAGAGUGUAAGUCAAGAAAACUUUCAAGAACAGUCCUUCUCAAGCAUUUUGAAGCACCUUAUUUGUCCACUUACGGGAAAGUUGUUUGAAGACCCUGUGACCCUGGAGACUGGUCAAACAUAUGAACGAGUGGCAAUCAGCAAAUGGUUUGACCAGGGGAAUAGAACUUGUCCAAUGACAGGAAAAACUCUGGGAUGCUCAAGUUUGCCUCUUACAAAUAUUGUCAUUCAGCGUGUAAUUGAUGGUUGGACAUCUGAAUUCUCCAAAAUUCAUAUCAAUUUCGCCUGCCAAAAAGUGGUCAAAAGUGAAGGGCACGAGUUUGAGCACAAAGAUACUGGAGCUAUCUCUAUGUUAGAGCAACUGCUCAUGACUUCUGAUAAGGAAGCACGAAUUGCAAAUGCUGGGCAACUUAUAUCUCUUGGAGGUUUGGAAUAUCUCAUCCAAAGGUUUGAAUCAGGACCAACAGAAGAGAGAAAGAAUGUCCUUGAACUCAUGUUGUGUUGUAUUGAAGCAGAUGCAAGUUGCAGGAACCAGAUAGCAGAAGGCAUAAGUAGUAAAUUCCUUCUUGAUUUGCUGCACAGCAAGCAGAUCCAAGUGAGAAGAAAUGCUGUGUGCUUGCUGAUUGAAAUUAUUUGUCUGAACAGGAGGAAGGAUUUUGUGCCUUUCUUGGGUAACCUACCCAAUGAAGAGAUGGUCAACACAAUGCAUGUUCUGCUUUUGUAUCUACAAAGUGCUCCAGAUGAUGCAAAACCUUUGGUUGCCAUCCUUCUGCUGCACUUUGAUCUACUGGUAGAACCUCGGAAGUACAGCAUAUACAGAGAAGAGGCUGUUGAUGCAAUUUCCUUGGCUCUUGAUCUGAGCUUAAAUGAUGAAAAUGUUCGAGAAAGGUGCUGCAAAGCACUUCUAGUUUUUGGGGGACACUUCUCAUUUCCUCAAACGUUAUCCCCAGAGCAUUGGAUUUUAAAGCAAGAAGGAUGCAGUGAAACCUACAAAGCAAUCACUUUUGACAAUGAACAGCAUGGAUUUCUUGCCAACGAUACUUGUUCCUUCGAAAAUGAAGAUUUGGCUCAUCGAGAGUGGCUGAAAAACUUGUUAGGGUCACUUCUUGGCAGUAGAAGGAGAUCAUUUAUAGAUGAAAUCUCGAAAUGUUUGAGCUCAAGGGACUCGAAUAUGGUUCGAGUAUGUCUUAUCACUGUGGCAUGGUUGAGUUCUGCUCUUUCUUCACUAAGUGAUGCCGAACACCAGCUUUCAGUCUUUUCAGCACUUGUCCCUCAGCUGAAAGAGAAACUGGAAAGUGGUGAACGAAUGGAACACAAGAUUCUCGCUUCAUUUUCUCUUCUCAAUUUCUGCAAAACUCCAGAAUGCAGGGUCCUACUGUUGACAAUGUCCGAAGAGAUCACAUCUCCUCUGAGGAGCAUUGCUAAUGUUUCAGGGACAGCAAAGCAGCUAUAUGCCCUCGUUUGUGGGGAUGAUAUGUGAUGUAAUGGCUAAAGACAACAGUUGCUCUGUAAGAAUUAUAUCUUUUGUGAGUAUCCUCUAGUUUUGAGCUAUUUCUGCAAAAUUAUUUGAGCACCCUUUUUGUUUAAGGAUGUACAGAACUCUUGGUCCAUAUCUUUCGGUCUGCCAAUCUGAUGAAGAAAGGUGUAGGAAAGUGUUGCUGAGACCAUGGAUUGGGGGUUAGGCCACUAAAUUAGUUGCAUGUUGCUUGCGAAUUGUAGAGUAAAGUGCUUUGUGUAAUUUUGUCUUCAAUUUGAUGUGUUCUAGCCCUCACGGUUUAUUGAAGAUAAACAUAUUGGAGAAACACAAAUCAUUUUUUUAUUUUCUCCAUUUCAUGCCUUUUUUUAUUGUAAGUCUUGAGAUUUCUGUCUGGCUUUU